AAAUUAUUUAAGUUAUAAAUUAAAGUUAGGAAAUAUAAAUGAUUCUAAAAUUCCCUAAGCUUAGCGACGUUUAGUGAAAUUAGCGACGGGUCGCUUGACUGAAUUGAGGUAAGAAACAGGGAGGGAGAAUCCAAAACGAGGGAAGCCAAUCAAACGAGCAAGAAAAGUAGAAAGCUCUAAUUUCUAAAACCCUACACUGAUUAGAAAUUUCCUUAGUUUUACGAGUCUAAUUAGCAAUUGCUUUUGAAUUAAUUUAUUCUAUUGAUAUGGAAAGUCGUCUGUUGAUUUAGCAUUUUAAUUGUUCUCUUUCUACUUUAUUUUUUACCCUAAAAUUUGUGCAUUUCUUUCUGCAUUAAAUCUCGAUGUGCUAUAACAGAUUUCUGAGUGGGGCAAGCAUGGACGUUUCAUCUUGGGACGGAACCCUUUCGCUGAAUGAAUUUUCUCUUGCUGCUCAAGCUUUUGAAGAGAAAUGGAAAAUCAGCAACUCUGCUUCCCCUCCUUGGUUAUGGGUUAACGCCCCAAUACGACCUUUUGUUGCUUCUCAAAAAGUUGAUGGAUUCUUGUCAAUGGAAAACAUUUGUCUUCUCAGACCCAGUGAGGACAAUGGUGCUGAAGUUAGUCGUUUAGAGGAAGAAAAGACCAGUUUAUCUGAGAAAGAAGAGGCAAUUGAUGAUGCCACAUUGGUGCAUAGUAAUCAUCAUGAAGUACAUUACUAUGAUUUCCACAUAGUCUACAGUGCUUCAUAUAGGGUUCCGGUGCUAUAUUUUCGUGGAUAUGAUAGUGAUGGACUGCCUUUGCAGUUGAAUGAAAUUGAAAAGGACCUUCCUGCUUGCUCUGCAAAGGUGUUGCUGGAAUCAAAGUGGACUUUUAUAACUCAGGAGGAGCAUCCAUACUUCAACAGACCAUGGUACAAGUUACAUCCAUGUGGGACCAGUGAAUGGAUGAAGUUGCUUUUCCUUGAUGAAGCUGUGUUGGCUGAAAGCAAAGUAGCAAUUGAACUACAUCUGGUGUCCUGGUUCUCAGUCGUUGGUCAGCAAAUUACAGUAGAUUGAAAUUUACAAACAUUGGGAACAAUCAAGCUUCUUCUGUUCAGAUGCAUGCCAAACUGCAAUAGAAUACUAACCCAACUAGUGUGAAGUUUUUGCGUCCAGGCUGAUGCAGAGGCCCUUCAUUCAUAUGAAGUACUUUUUUCUAUACUUUUCUCAGGUAUUUGACUAGAGUAAACCAGAAAGAGCACCCUUUAAAGCAGACUCAAUCCAGCCUUUGCUGCAGAAUCCAAAGUUCUCCACGCCCUUUACAAUCUUCUUAAUAACCUAUAUAGUGGAACUUGAACCCAUGCAGUCAAGUUGACACUGUUGCAUAGUAGCAUCUAUAAACGGUCAUUACACAAGCAGAUUGCCCGCCAUGCAGCAAAAUGGAAAAUAGAAAUGACCGUAUGCAAUUGAACACAGCUGACCUUGUAAAAUCCAUGGCUGAAUAAAAUAAAGAACAAAGAUAACAUUUAUUGA